UCGAUAUCGUCGUUAUUCUCAUCAUCCUCCUCCUCCUCAUCAUCAUCAUCAUCAUCACAGCCUCUGCUCUGUUUACAUGGUCGCUCCGCUGAACGGAGAAGACGUUUCUUGCUGUCGUGGACGGUGGAUCUGCAGCCCUGUAUACUAAACAGGAGAACGAACUUUUCAUCAUGAACUGCGAUAUAGAUGGAGACAUGGAGAACCAGGUGGAGAUGGAGGAGAAGACGAGGUUAAUAAAUCAAGUGUUGGAACUUCAGCACACGCUAGAAGACCUGUCAGCGCGGGUCGACGCAGUCAAGGAGGAGAACCUGAAGUUGAAAUCGGAGAACCAAGUCCUCGGGCAGUACAUCGAGAACCUCAUGUCUGCCUCCAGCGUCUUUCAGACCACCGACACUAAGGGCAAACGGAAGUGAGGUACGAGUCCCCGGGCGGCCGCUGGGAGGAGGAACCCGCCACCGAGACAUGGAGAGGGCUUUGUUUUCUCACCAGACCUGGGUCCCUGUAACCCGUACAGCUCACUCACCACAGUCAAAACUAAAUAUUCAAUGAUCAAAAAAAACUAAACUGACUUUUUCCACACGUUUCCGCCGCUGACUCAGAAUUAAGUGAAUUUGAUGUUCGUUUGACCCAGGUCUGUUUGGCAGCAGCUCCCUCUCCAAACCGCAGAACCAGAUCGUGGACAUGAAGUGGUGAUGGGACAUUUGUACCUUGAGUUUCUUCUUAAUGCGCUCCGUCAAUGUAGUAUCUGUAAAAUAAUUCGUAGUUUGGCUUUACCUGCUUGCUUUUGUGUUUGGGGACAGAAGGUUUUCCCGUCUCAAACUGACCUGUAAGCAGAACAAAUCAGAAAUAUCAGAAAUACUGGCUCACCACGAACGACUCAUUUCAAAACUGGUUUGUGAUUUCUUUUUGUAAAAUACUUUCUACAUCAGCUGGAUCUGAGUUUUUCGGGAGGUCGUGGAUGUCAUCGUGUCCAUAUGAAACAUGGCUGUAUUCUACCAUUUUAAAAGCAGGCAAAGUGAACAGUAUUACUGAGAAUAAAAUGUAUUUGGAUUGCAUGUAUGCUUUUUAUUUAUUUUUUAUUUGAAAGUGGAGUAUAUCUAAUAAAAUGUUAUUAAAUCAAUAAUCACUGAAAUAGAUUGUGUAAAGCUACUAGACACAUAUAGGUACCAUAAAAGAGCUAGUUAUGUAGACUUCAUGAAAAUGUAAAUCUCAACUUAACAUCAGUGUUUUAUUGAGUGGUUCCAUUUCUUAAACAAAGUUACAAUUUUUUUUUUUGUACUUAAAAGUAUUUAUAACCCUGUGAGUGUUGUGGCCCAGACUAUUGUAAGAGACAAAGGAGAUGGACAUUAAUGCAGCUUAGCUGAUUCAGAGACAAACCCAGCGUUAUUACAUCCUGUAUGGGGGGGGUUUCCUCUUAAAAGGGCCGGAGUGCUUCUGAUCCACUGAGACGGGUCUGGAGGACACCACCUGCUGGAGGAGGGGUUUGACUGUAAAUGUGCUGAUGUCCUCAGCGUACAGCAGAGUGGAGGGUGUGUCAUCCAGGACUAAAACAAGUGAGGAUGGAAAGUAAUGUAUUCUGAACAAAUUUGCAUUACCUUUUUAAAUGUAAGUAUCCAUCCGUAAAAUGUCUAGAAAGCAGUAAUUUAUGUGUAAAGAUCAAGUGACUAUGGUGCUGUUUCAAACAGUUGGACGUAGUAAUAUUAGGGGAGGCUACAACACUGUAUAAGAUGUAAGUUGAGGUUAUUUCAAUAUUUAACAGUUUUACAGUAGAAUUUCUGUCUGGCGUGCUGAAAAUGCCCCACAUACACUGGUACCAGCUUUGCCCUUUUUCUUUUUUUGUUUUUAAAUAAAAACCCGGAGGUCA